UCAUCCAAAUUCAGCUCUAACUUUGAUAAACUGGCUGUCCUCUUUUUUCUGGGUCUACAGAGAGCAAACCAUCUCUCUAGUUUCUCUAUCUUUAAUUCAGCCUCUUCAGGCUCUAACUGAUCUGGAGUGUUAUUAAUCCACAUUUGCAGCUUUUGUCGCUGCAAGUGUCUGUAGUGUGGGCUACCUCUGCAGCUACAGGCCAUCAUUCGUGUCUCCUUGUUGCAUUUUUUUAGUGGAAAAGUGAAAGCUUCCAAAGAGGAGAGACAUUUCUGCCUCUUCCUCUCCGUUUACCCAAAUAAACCCACAAUUUAUUUAGAUUUUUCUCUUUUGAGGUCCUCACCCAAACGCAACCAUAAGGUUCCUACCGCAUCCUCCUCCUCCUUCCUCCCUCUCCUUCCGCUCGAGUCUAGCCCGUUUUUUCGGUUUGGUUUGGUCCCGCAAAUUUUCAAAUAUUUACUUCCUGUACAUCAAAAGGAAAGGGGGUCCCCCUUUCAUGGAAUGCGGAAACAUGGGUCUGUUCGACCGCGGAGUCCAGAUGCUGCUGACCACGGUGGGCGCCUUCGCGGCCUUCAGCCUCAUGACCAUCGCGGUUGGCACGGACUACUGGCUGUACUCCCGCGGCGUCUGCAAGACCAAGUCCAUGAGCGAGAACGAGACCAGCAAGAAAAACGAGGAGGUCAUGACCCACUCGGGACUGUGGAGGACGUGCUGCUUGGAAGGAAACUUCAAAGGAAUGUGUAAACAGAUAGACCACUUUCCUGAGGAAACAGAUUACGAAGCAGACCCAUCCGAGUACUUCUUACGUGCGGUGCGAGCUUCCAGCAUCUUCCCCAUCCUCAGUGUCAUCCUGCUCUUCAUGGGAGGUCUGUGUAUAGCUGCCAGUGAGUUCUACAAGUCACGCCACAACAUCAUCCUCAGUGCAGGGAUCUUCUUUGUGUCUGCAGGUCUGAGCAACAUUAUCGGGAUCAUUGUGUACAUAUCAGCCAAUGCGGGAGACCCUUCAAAAAGCGACUCAAAGAAGAACAGCUAUUCAUACGGCUGGUCCUUCUACUUUGGUGCCCUAUCCUUUAUUAUGGCUGAGAUGGUUGGCGUCUUGGCCGUGCACAUGUUCAUCGACCGCCAUCGACAGCUGCGGAUAGGGGCACGCGCAGCUGACUACCUCCAAGGCUCGGCCAUAACGCGGAUCCCCAGCUAUCGUUAUCGCUACAGGCGUCGUUCGCGCUCCUCUUCCCGAUCCACAGACCCAUCACAUUCCCGUGACGCCUCACCUGUGGGCCUCAAGGGCUUCAGCGCGCUGCCAUCCACAGAGAUCUCCAUGUACACACUCCCCCGGGACACCCUCAAGUCAUCUGGUACGCCCACGGCCACCUACAACUCUGAGAGGGACCACAACUUCCUUCAAGUCCACAACUGCAUCCAGAAGGACCUGAAAGACUCGAGCCACACCAACACAGCAAACCGCCGAACCACGCCUGUAUGAGAGAGUGAAAAAAGGCCUGGCAAGCUCAGUGGAGUUCAGGAGACACAGGAAAGCCCUGUGGGCGCAGUCCGCCCUUGGAGAAGUUGGAUUUCCAUGUUUAUAGACAUUCAUUCUUUUUAUUCAAACGCAUGACUUUUCCAUAGCCAUUGUUGAGAGAGUUUGAACAAGUGUGCUUGUUCCAGGAUUGAGUGGAUCAGGUGGUCCCGAGUGAGAUCUGUCAUAUUUUUGGACAGGUUUUCUUUUUGAGGUUUGGGGCACCAAAUGAAGGGUGGGAGGGGUGGGCAUUUACGAGAUAAUCAGUUCCAUGAUUUCAUUGCCCUUGAGUUCGAUUGGAGCGACAAGUCGAGCUCCCCCUCAGCCAGCCUACUGCUAAGAAAUAUACGCCUGUUUUUAUUUCUUGACUAAUUUCUUAAUUGUUUUGCAUUAAAACUGUGAAUUGUUACAGCUUGGGAUUCAGUAAGAAGUAGCCCAAUCUGUAAUCUCUAACCAAGGUACUAUCUAUCUAUAUAUAUAUAUAUAUAUAUAUAUAUAUAUAUAUAUAUAUAUAUAUAUAUAUAUAUAUAUGUAUAUAUAUAUAUUUCUUUUAUAAAUAAAUUAUUACAUUAAUUAUCGAGAGAUAACAGACUUUACCGAAGCAAAAAACAAAGAGAGAAGAAAUUCAACCAAGUGCUGUUGAUAACAGGAGAAAAAGACUUUUCUAUCUCUUUAUUCGAAGGUCAAGAACAAGAGAAGGUCCUUUAGGUACCAGAAGCAGACGCAGGUAUUCAGCAGUAGAGUAUUCUUAUUCUUUUAAUAGAACCUUCUCGUCUUUUUCUCCGUCCCUGUUCUCUUUCUUUUUCAGGGGGGUUGGUGUAACGGGAGUGUUGAACCCCGCCACCCCACCCCCUAUCAGAAAGAGCCAAGCAAAGGAGUCAAAGCUCGACCAGCAAAGACUCCAAAACAUGACUUCUGCAAAACAAAAGGAAGGAGCAGAGGGAAAGAAAAAGAAGAGGACGCCAGACACAAAAACAUAGACAAGUUUAAUAUGAAAUACAAGAAAAGCUAAGACACUCACAAUUUCAGAAAUUAAAUGCAUGCUAUAAAAUUACAGCAAACCUGCUCUUGAGAAACUUAAGUUUUAAAGUUUAAUUAUUAUAAGGGGAAAAAAGCAAAGGCGCUAGAGUUUAAAGUAUUAAUGUUUUCAUGUGUGGUAUUAUUAUAAUUUCUUUUUUAUUACUAUUAUUUAGCAUAUUUUAUCUCAUUACAUUGUCAGAAAAACCAAACAAUUUACAUUGAACAAAACUGCUUUUUUAAACAGUUUGGUUGGUUUCUUUAAAGAUAUAUAAAUAAAUGUAUGUAUGUAUUUAUUUUUGUUUUUAAAAUUCACACAGCCUUAGUCAUUUCUUUGUUUCUUUUCAUUUUUAAUGUGCUGUUCAAAUUUAAAAUGAAAUCUCUAAAGGUGCCAAAAACCGAAUGAUCCUAUACUUGGAUGCAUCAAGUCCUGAUGAAUAAAACACGAACCCCAGGGGGAACAAAUCA